UCUGCAUUUCAAAAUUAGAUCUUAGUUCCAAAUCAUUACUACAAUGCAUAAACUCAUAUUAGCGAUAUGUAUUGCUGUACUAAUUAUACAGAUUGCAUGUGUCAACAAAGCAUAUGCAGAUGAAAUAAAAGAAUGUCUGGAGUUGCAUGGCCUUCCCCCUGAUUAUGUGGAAAAGCUAAAAAAGGAAGAAAUGGACGAUAAGACACUCUGUUUUGCUAAAUGUGUUAUGGAGAAAAGAGAAUUUAUAGAUGAUAAUGGAAAGUUAAUAAUGGAAAACGUAAACAAGGAUAUCGAGUCCCAUCAAAAAGCCAGUGAGGAAUCUAGGAAAAUUGCAAAAAACUGUAUGAGUCUAAUUGACCAAAUUUCCAGCUGUGCUGAUUCAUUAAAAUUUAAUGCAUGUCUUAGCCCUGUAUGGUGUUCUGAAGAUGGAAAAUAAUGUUAUAUACCGACAUAAUCCAAUAUUGUGCUUAAAAUUGUUAACUUUAAUAAUUUUUUAAAUAAACGAGUACAAUAAGAUAACUUUAUUCAAAA